AGGGUUUUGACAUUGAUUAGCUUUACUGGGAGAAAUGUGGUGAAUCUAAAUAGCUAAACAAUAAGAACAUGCAUAUAAGGUGCAUAUAAGAACACAACAAAAAUCUAAUCUAAUUAGAUAACAAGCAGGAGUUUGUUUUCUCUUCUUCGCGUGUAGUGGUGGUUCAGAGGCAGGCGGACGCCUUGAAUACCUCAUUUUCUCAGGCUACAUUCCCCGCCCCUCCUCCAGCUGAUAGCUGUAAAUACCUUUGGUUGUCAGGAAGUGAACUAGUGUGUGUGCCAACUGGAAAAUUAAGGGGCAAAAUAUCUUCAAGCAAAAAUAACCGAACGAAAUAAUCGUGCCUUUGAGGGUAUAGUAAUUAUAUUUUCAAGAAAACGAACGUAUCAGCUUUGGACAUGGAGAAGAAGCAUGGAAGGAGUCAACCAUGGGGGAAGUUAGUAAAAGUGGACACUCGAUCUGAAGUAUUGCUUGUCAACAGGGAAUGCACUGUCGGGCGAAGAAAAGGCUGUGAUCUUUCCUUUCCUGCUAACAAACUGGUCUCAGGGGAUCACUGUAAGAUAGUGCAAGAUAAGAGCUCAGGGUUGGUGUGGCUGGAGGACACAAGCACCAAUGGUACAGUGAUUAACAUGUCUAAGCUGGUGAAGAAGCAGAUUCAUAUGCUGCAGCAUGGAGAUGUCAUCUACUUUGUAUACAGGAAAAACGAACCAGAGCAAAACAUUGCCUACAUGUAUCAGUCCAUAAAACCAGAGAGGACAUUCUCACAAGACACAAUUGGUGGUGCCACCAGAUGCUCAGUAAUGCAGCAGAAAGCCCAGACCUGCCCUGUUACAGCUGCAGUAUGUGUGUCUGUGGAGCCAUUCCUUGUUGGACCUCCACGGGAGCAGCAGGCCUUGGAUGAACCCCAGCCCUCCACCUCCUCCCAUCACCUCCACACAGCCUGUUCCUCUGCAGCCUCCCUCCUGCACUCCUCUGCCUUAGACACACGACAGACUGAAGCCCAGAACCGAGUCACAAUGUUGUAUAAGGAGGAGGAGGAGAAGGACAUGGAGCCAGAGAGAAAAAGGAGGAAAACUGACAGUGCUGACAAGGACUAUGAUUUUGGACUGCCUCAUACUUCCAGUAUUGCGGUGUUCGGCCCCAGCCCAGCUAAGGUUUCUCUUAUCAGGGAUCUGUUGGGAAAAGCUGCUGUGACUGUGGAAGAAGGCAAGACUGACAAGAUGGAGGAGUCCCUCACCUGUAUCAUCUGUCAGGACCUACUUCAUGACUGUGUCAGCCUGCAGCCCUGUAUGCACACCUUCUGUGCUGCAUGUUACUCUGGCUGGAUGGAGCGCUCGUCUCUCUGCCCCACCUGCCGUUGCCCUGUAGAGAGGAUCCGCAAGAACCACAUCCUCAACAACCUGGUGGAGGCCUACCUUAUCCAACACCCAGAGAAGUGUCGCAGUGAGGAGGACCUGAAGAGCAUGGACAGCCGGAACAAGAUAACUCGGGACAUGCUGCAGCCAAAGAUUGAGCGUUCCUUCUCUGAUGAAGAGGGCAGCUCCGAUUAUCUCUUUGAGCUCUCCGACAACGACAGUGACACCUCCGAUAUCGGCCAGCCCGUUGUGAUUUGCAGACAGUGUCCAGGCUACAGGAAGGAGGUCAGCCAGGUACUGUGGGCCACAGGGCCAGCCCCAACAGCUCUUCUAGGACCAGUCCUACCGGCCCCUCUAGGACCAGCCCCACCAACUCCUGAGGACAGGCCAGGGAAACCCCCUGGGGCUGGGGAAUCAACAUUAUCAACAUGCUCUGAUGUCCCCACUACAGCUCCUCAGGAUUACACAUGUCCUCCUCUGGGCAGCCAUGUCAUCUGCACCUGCUGCCUGCAGCCCAUGCCAGACCGCCGCGCCGAGCUCAUUGGCCAGCAACUCUCCACUCAGCAAUGUGUGGCGUGCCUGCGGCCCUUCUGUCACAUGUACUGGGGCUGCCAGAGGAUCGGCUGUCAGGGCUGCCUCGCACGUUUCAGUGAACUCAACCUUACAGACAAAUGCCUGGACGGUGUUCUGAACAGCAAUAACUAUGAAUCAGAGAUCCUCCAGAGUUACUUGUCAGCCAGAGGGAUGUCGUGGAGGGACAUGCUACAGGAGGGUCUUCAGGGCCUGCAACAGGGAACCUUCUAUCUGUCUGAUUAUCGCAUCAACAGUAACGCCAUACUCUGUUUCUGCUGUGGCCUGCGAGCCUUCGGGGAGCUGGCCUACAAAUACAGACAGAACAUCCCUGCCUCGGCGCUUCCUGCUGUUGUGACGUCUCGGCCAGACUGUUAUUGGGGACGCAACUGCCGUACUCAAGUCAAGGCACACCACGCCACGAAAUUCAACCACAUAUGUGAGCAGACCCGUUUCAAGAGCUGAAGAGCCUCGUAGGUGACCUGCUAUGCAAGGCUCUCCUGCGAACACUGGAGUGUACACAGACUUCCAAGGAUCUCCUGUCUUACUCUCAUAUGUACAGUGAUCAUUUUACUCCCUUAUUAAGCAGCGCCUUGCUGUGAGGAAAGGUAUCUCUUAGGUAAUAUUACUUGUAGUUCUCUCACAGGCUUUAUAGACUUAUGUAUUUGAUGAUAUGCUGAAAUUGCAAUCACACUCUUUUGGCUAGGUCAUGAUUAGCCAGCCUAGUGUUCUAGGUAUAGUAGGGGUGAGUGGGAUAGUGCUGUGCACUCCACACAGUACGAGCGGAUUCCCCUAUAUGAUGAUGACAGACUUAUAUCUUAUGUGGAAUAUGAUCAUCAUCACCCUUCAUUCCAGUAUCAUGUCCUUUUGGGCGAGGGAUAUAUUAAAGAAAUCUGCUGAAGACCAUUGGCAAUCAAAAUGGACUUUGGCCAUACGUGCUGUUACACAGUGCCAUCUUUUGACAGUUUAAGGCUCAUAUUGAUAUUAGUAAGAUGUUGAUACUUUUCCUAUUUCCGUGUGCCUGAGUAAUUAACUGAGUAGUUAACUGUUUUCCUUUCUCUUAACUUGUGGUCUAGUACUUUAGAUAUCUUGGAGAAUUAUGUGUUUGAAUUAGAAUCUACAGCUUCCUACUCAACCGCUUACUGUGGUGUUCUAAACAUCUAAGUAGUAUUCAUAUGUUGAUAAUAGAAACUUCCCCCAAACAAACUAGGUUGAAGCACAGCUAUGUUAUCAAAAGACUUAUCCAUAUACAGACUUUGAGGUUUCUUGUGGUUCAUAUUUAUGGAUGACAGAUUCAGUGGCACCAUUUUGAAUUCAGACUGUUGCUGCUUCUGCAUAUUAAUAAGACUGCUAACUGAAAAGACAAGUGCAAUGGAAAGGGAGUUGUACUUAGUUUUGGGAAAAGGGGGAUUUCUGCUAGUUUGAUGUGGAUUUCCCAACAAGGGCAAAAAGCCCUGUCAAAGCUGAGAAUAACAUGGUUCAACUAGAAUCAAUGGGAAAGUUAGUUGUAUAGGAUUUCAGUUCUUCCGGCAGGGAUAAGGGUUAUAUGUGGAAAUGUAGUUUUAUCUGAGGCUGGGAAAGGCAGGGGUAUUCAGUUAUAUGCUUUGCUCAGGGUAAUCAACAUAAAGCUGAUUUUAAAAUGGUGCAUUAGAGAAGCUUUCUCAGACCUAGACUAGUACUAACAGCCAAUGCAGUUUUUUUGUUAGAAUGCACACUGGUUUGCUAGAGUUUAGGGGGUGACAUUGUUCCUCAUUGUUACAUUAUAUUAAGUUAGUGGUGUUGGCUAAAUAUAUUAAGCAAGCAACUUGAUCAUACGGGUUCUAUCAUACUUAUUAGUAUGAUAGAACCAGGUAGCCUAGUGGUUAGAGCAUUGGGCCUGUAACCGAAAGGUUGCUGGAUCGAAUCCCCGAGUUGACAAGGUAAAAAUCUGUUGUUCUGCCCCUGAACAAGGCAGUUAACCCACUGUUCCUAGGGUGUCAUUGUAAAUAAGAAUUUGUUCUUAAUUGACUUGCCUAUUUAAAUAAAGGUUACAUAAAACAUUUUUAAAAACGUAAGGAUUGAGGACAUUAAGGACAUGUUUUUCAAUAUAUAGAAAGCGUUACCUUGGAGAAUGUUGGAUAGAUCUUAUAAUAGUUUUGUUUGUCAGAGGGGUAUUUAACUCUAUUGUGCUAUGUUUGUAUUGUUUUGGAGACACAAAUGAACAAAUACCAUGGUUUGGUCAAACCUCAUCAGUUAAACCCUUAAUUGGUGCAAUUUCCCAUAAUAACUGAGGAAAUAACACAUUGCUAUUUGGUCAGGCAUUUUUAUCUGGCAGUGAAAGCACCCUUACCAAGUUGGAAUUGAAGAAAACAACAUUUUGUCAUUUCUAACAAUGGAGACUGAAAGUGGGCUCUAUUGCUCUUAGAAAAGAGACUAGAGGUGUAAAAGUCUCACGCUGCAAGACAUGUUGCUGUAGAAGAACUGCUGGGGUGAUCUAAAAUCUCCAGGAUUAUAGUAUGAGACAAUUAGGUUGCAUUCACACAUGCAGCCCAAUUCUGAUCAUUUUUUCACUCAUUGGUCUUUUUGAAUAAUCAGAUUAUCCCUUUUUGCCAAUAAUUGGGCAAAAUAUCUGAAUUGGACUGCCUGUGUAAAUGCAGCUUAGUUGCGAGAAAUCCUGCCUGUCUAAUUCAGUACUCACAGAGAUACAGGUGUCACUUUUAUAGAUCAACCCGAGACAACUGGCUGUGUCUUACUUCCGCGUUUUGUCUUAGUAGAAGGCUACUAUCAACAACCAGAUGUCCAUAAUGUUGUGUAGAACCAUAAACAGUAGACACUUGUCUCUUACUGUUUUGAGACAUCGGUCACAUUCUCUGUAAAUUACUGACAAAUCAUUAUGGAAGUCAAAUCGGCCCAAUGUCUGCAGACCUUUAGUCUAGAUAGAAUGGCCUGAUAUACUAAUGUUCUUCAUGAGGCCUUAUAUAUUGAAAAGUAGGAAAAAGAUAACUAAGUUGUUAGUAGUGAAGUAGAUGGUGAAUUGUGACAUUAAAUUGACAAUGAUUUAAGAGGAAAAAGUAGUUUGCUCAAACUUAGUGUUUACAAGCAAGUCUAGCUUUGAGGUUAUUUACUUUUAUAAUUCAGCUCGCACACAUUGAAAGUAUGAAUCACUAAUUUGAAGACUUAACCAAGAUUACAAUUAGGUUGGGAUUCAAACAAACACAGAUUAAUGACCUGUUCACAGCGAUAGACUUUUGAAGGCAACUUCCCAAACGUUCAUGGAGAUCACGUUAUCUGUAAAGGCCACGGAUGUCGGCUCAAGCAGGAAUUACCUUUAAAAGUCCAUCGGACCACACUGGUACUUUAUCUGCGUUUUGUUUGAAUCCUGGCACCAAGCUGAACUGUAAUAAGCACUGCAGAAAUGGUGCAGGCUACAACUCUGUCCUGUAACUUCAAUGGAUAUUGAAACAUCCAUUGAGAAAUAUCCUUGUGCAAUCAAUGUGUGUGGAACUCAGGUUUGGAGCUGAAACUCUACCUAUGUAACAAUAUACCCUCAUUGGGACUGUUUAGUGGCAAUAUUCACACUCUCAGACCGACUCUUCUGGGCUGGUAUAAAGGGGGGCAAAUAUGGGCACGCUUUCUGCCAGAGCUCAUGUCUUUUAUUUGUGAUCUUACGGGCUGGAUUCAAUCCGUAUCGUGGUAGAUCAGCGUAAAGAUCACUUCCGAUUGAGCUGACAUAUGCAGUGUUUACAGUGAAUGCCGUCUCCGCGACCGUGAGAACAUUGCCUUUAAUUGUCAAUCGCGCUAUAAAGCGGAUCUUCAGUGCAACGGAUUGAAUAGAGCCCUAAAUCGCGGUUUCCCUGUUGUGGGUUCAUACUGUGGAAUUCCUGAGAGGCUCAGGCAAUAGCUCAGCACAACACCCCCCAGCCAGCUGAUCCCUCCCUACAGCAGCGCUGAACCUUAAUUAUAACAGGAGGAUCUGGGCACCCUAAGCCAACAACAGUGCAAGCCACCGAUCAGGAAUGGGUGUUAGGAGGCUUUGGAGGGUGCUUUGCAUUCUUAGAGGGAAACGCUGUAUUCUAGGGAAAAUAUUUCCUCACUUUGUGAGAAAGUCUGGACCAAGAUGCUCUGUACUAACAGUAUGACCAGACAGUAUAAAGGCCUGGUCGGGGCAAGUUGAAUUCUACCUCAUCAAAGCUCCCGAGACGUUCUGAACAAUCUGGUCUGUACUUUUAUUUUUUGUGGAUUCUAAUAAGUGGGGGACUGACUGGACGGCAGUUAGAGAAGCGCUGUUACGUUUUAAUGCAGGGGAACACAACUGGUCCUCUGGGUUGAAAGCGGCUGCUGUUUUGUUUUAUUUUUUCUUGCCUUUGUCAAUCGGCGACCAAUUUAAAGCUGGGAGUUCAACCAGGUGUAUGCACUGCACUCUGAUCAAUUAGUUAAUCAACUUAAUAAAGUGGUAUUGAUGUAUCAAUAUAUAGCCAGGUAUAAAUGAAAACCAAUGGGACUGUGAUUCUUAAGGACUGGAGUUGUGCUUCCUAGUUGAAUGCCUUUGUGAGCUUUUUGUGCCCCCUGUAUUAGCAAUGCUAAAAUACGUCUUAUGUAUAUGGCUCUAACAUGUCUGUUUUAGUGCACUAAUAAAGUAUUGCUAAAUGUGUUCCCUCAUUGUGUUUAAGAUGCACGACUUGCUACUGACCACUUUCAAUGGACAUCAAAUUAUCAAAAACUGAAGCAGCAAUUUAUGUAAACCUUUAUUAAAAGUUCUUUGCACAAA